AUGCAAUUGAGGUCCUUCCUUUCACUUGAGCUCGAGCGAUGGUUGAAAUUUCUGAUCUGCGAGAGGGAUGAUCGGUUGAAAUUUCUACGAGAGGGAUGGUCAAAUUUUGAGGAGGGAUUUUUUAGAGAAGAGAUGUUGAUCAUCUUUAACUCAUUCGACCUCGUCUCACAACACAAAACCCUUAUCAGUGUCAAUCUCAUCGACAAUAUGAUUGGAACACAUAAAGGAGGCUCGGUUAAAGGAAUUUCCGAACUUAAGAAGUACCUCUCGAGCCUCGGAUACAUAGCUAAGACGAGCACCACAUCACUGCACGAUGAUGAUGAUUUUUUCGAUGAAAAAUUUGAGUUAGCCAUAAAACUUUACCAAAGAUUCUUCAAGCUCCAAGUAAAUGGAAUCUUGGACGCCAACACAAUUUCCAAAUUGAAGAAGCCUCGUUGUGGGGUGGCAGUUUUUUUUUCCGACCAAGUAAAAAUUUUGUCAAAUGACACUUUCACUCGCUCCAAAUACACCUUCUUUCCGGGCCAGCCCAAAUGGCCACCCAACAAGAGAAACCUAACAUAUUCGUUUCCACAAGGCGCGAGGGCCGAUUUGAAACGGGCCAUUUUGGAUGCGUGUAUAUUAUGGGCCAAUGCGUCGCCUUUUAUGUUCAUGUACAUUGAAGAUUACAAAAAUGCCGAUAUCAAGAUCAGCUUUCGAGUGCAGGACCAUGAGGAUGGUAAUUUGUUUGAUGGGCCCAAAGGAAUUUUGGCCCAUGCUUUCCCUCCAUCGGAUGGUAGGCUUCACUAUGAUAGAGAUGAGACUUGGGCUAAUAGUGUUGUGCCUGGUGCAUUUGCUUUGAGGUCUAUUGGGCUUCAUGAACUGGGACAUGUUCUUGGACUGGGCCAUUCCACCGAUGGUAGUGCAAUUAUGUGGCCUACCCCAAAAUACUCCCACACAAUCUCCUACACUCUCCUCCUCCUACUCUUCCUACUCAACUCUCUCCCCGUUUGCCCCCAACCAGAUAACCGGCGCCACGUGGACUUGCUCCACGACCUAAUCGGAACCCGAAAGGGCGAAACUGCCCCCGGCCUCUCCCGACUCAAGCAAUACCUCUCUCGACUCGGCUACAUAGCCGACACCACCAACAACAACACGUUCGACGACUCCCUCGAGCUCGCCCUAUCCAAAUACCAAGCCUACUUCAACCUCAACGUUAACGGGCUUCUCGACCGGCCCACGGCCCAAAAACUCUCCCAAACCCGCUGCGGCGUCCCCGACCACGGGCUCAAGCCGGCCCAAAUCUCCAAAUACGCGUACCUGCCCAGCAAGUGGCCCGAUGGCAAGCGGCACCUGACGUACUCGUUCCCACCGAACGAACGCAAGGACGUGAACCGGCCGAUCGGGGCCGCGCUGGGGAUGUGGGCCCGUGUGGCGCCGUUCACGUUCGAGUACGUGGCGGACUACGAUAAGGCGGACGUGAAGAUAAGCUUCCAGUAUAGGGAUCAUGGGGACGGGAGCCCGUUUGAUGGGGCGGGUGGGAUACUGGCGCACGCGUUCAACCCGACGGACGGGAGGCUGCAUUAUGAUUCGGAUGAGGCGUGGGUGGAUGGGGUGGUGAAGGGGGCGUUUGAUAUGCAGACGGUGGGGCUGCACGAGCUGGGGCACGUGCUGGGGUUGGCGCACUCGAAUGCGCCGGGGUCGAUUAUGUAUCCGUAUAUUGGGAGUGGGACGCGGGCGGGUUUGAGUGAGGAUGAUGUGGAUGGGAUCAGGAGUUUCCUGGCCGCUGAUAACUCGCCGCCAGCUGCUGAAGAUCCACCGCCGCAAUUUUCAUCAUCACCGGUGGCGGCGACAAGAGUACAAGCUAUUUUGGAGUUUCAAACAAUUCUCAAGAAGAAAGUUCGAAUAUAUAUCAGUUUAAGGGAUCUUGGAGAUGAAGGCCAAAUUCAGUGGCCAGAUUUGAGGCCAUAUCGCGAGCGGAUCAUAUUAACCGCAUCAUUCGAGGCAAAAAAGGCGAAACCAUCAAAUCUUGUCAUAUCAAAGGAAAUGGCGAGCUCAAGAACAAGCUCGGACUAG